CUUCCGUCGCUUCAUAACGAGUUCUCUUAUGUUUCGAUCGGAUAUUUGCCCAAUAAGAAGGUUCUGGGUUUGAGCAAAUUGGCCAGGGUGGUCGAGAUGUUCAGUCGCAGGUUACAGGUUCAGGAGAGAAUGACUAAACAGAUAGCCGUUUGCAUUACUGAAGCCAUACUCCCGGCGGGUGUGGGUGUUGUCAUCGAAGCGACCCAUAUGUGUAUGACUACGAGAGGAGUGCAGAAGAGUCAGAGUAAGACAAUCACGAGUGCAAUGCUUGGAGUGUUUCGCGAAGACUCCAAGACUAGAGAGGAGUUCCUGUCACUCAUUAGACGC